UUAUAAGUAGCUCAUUGAAUCGAAUUAUUUAAACUAAAUUGUAUGUUCCGAAUAUUGAACAACGCUUAUUCUGUUAUUCAGCUCGGUUCCGGUGCAUCGUGAAGUACGCGUCCCACCUGUCACGCGUCACUCAUAAUGUAACGUCAAAGUCAAAAAAAUUAGAAAAAAACUUUAGGUUUAGUUGGUGUAACGAGUACAAUUAGCUCAAUCACAUUUUAGUUAAUAGUUGUACGCGACUGUGGACCGAGCGAUCGUUCCGCAUUCCUCACGGUUCCGAUUCUCAACGCGACGUGUGCAGGCGCGCUCGACAAUUACGUAAGUCUCGAAUUCCGGCCCGCCGCGUUCCCCGAAAAUGAUGAAACUGCGAUCGAUCGGCAGGAUGGCGCCCCUCGCGGGGCGCAACGUGGAGGCGCGCGCCCUGCUCAAGUGCCUGCCGGCGGCGUCCAACCGCCUGCAGGGCAGGACCUACGCCGAUCACGUUAUACCGGACAGGCUGAAAGACAUGCCCACCAACCCCAAUCCGAGGUUCUUCGACAUGGUGGAGUACUUCUUCCACAAGGCCUGCGUGCUGGUCGAAGACAAGCUGGUCGAGGAUUUGGGCAACGUGAAGGGAUCGAAGCUCACGUUGGAACAGAGGAAGGCCAAAGUCAGGGGGAUCUUGACUUUCAUGGAGCAAUGCGAUCACAUGCUCGAGGUCUCGUUUCCCAUUAAAAGGGACAACGGCCAGUACGAGAUUAUUAAGGGGUACCGGGCACAACACAGUACCCAUAGAGUACCGUGUAAAGGAGGUAUGCGUUUCUCCAUGGACGUGUGCAGGGACGAAGUGAAGGCUUUGGCCGCCCUUAUGACGUUCAAAUGCGCAUGCGUCGACGUGCCCUUCGGCGGUGCCAAGGCCGGCGUGAAGAUCGACCACAAGAAGUACUCCGAGCACGAAUUGGAGAAGAUCACGAGGAGAUUCACGUUGGAAUUGGUGAAGAAAGGUUUCAUCGGACCGAGUAUCGACGUACCGGCGCCCGAUAUGGGCACGGGCGAAAGGGAAAUGUCCUGGCUGGCCGACACCUACGCCAAGACCAUCGGUUACCAAGACAUCAACAACCACGCUUGCACCACGGGUAAACCUAUCAAUCAAGGUGGCAUACACGGACGUGUCUCCGCCACCGGACGCGGCGUUUUCCACGGAAUCGAGAAUUUCAUGAACGAGGAGAGUUACAUGAAACAAUGCGGCCUGACGACGGGCAUUCGAGGAAAAACGGUGAUCAUUCAGGGUUUCGGUAAUGUCGGUUUGCACACGAUGAGGUACUUGCACAGGGCCGGAGCUAAAAUCAUCGGGGUGAUCGAAUUCGACGGGUCGAUUUUCAACGAGAACGGUAUCGAUCCUAAGGAUCUGGAAGAUUAUCGCGUCAGCAAAGGUACCAUAACAGGAUUUCCCGGAGCGAAGGCCUACGAUGGUAAUCUCCUCUUCCAGGAAUGCGACAUCCUCGUGCCGGCCGCCACCGAAAAAGUCAUCACCAAAGACAACGCCGAUAAAAUCAAAGCCAGAUUGAUCGCCGAAGCGGCCAACGGUCCGUUAACGCCCGCCGCCGACGAUAUUCUGCUGAAGAAGAACGUGCUGGUGAUACCGGAUUUGUACGUGAACGCCGGCGGUGUGACCGUAUCGUUCUUCGAAUGGUUGAAGAACAUCAAUCACGUGUCCUACGGUCGAUUGACGUUCAAAUACGAGAAGGAUUCCAAUUACCAUCUGUUGCAAUCUGUACAAGAGUCGUUGGAGAGGAAAUUCUGCGAUGUGGGUCCCAUUCCCAUUCAACCUUCGGAAUCGUUUACUAAAAGGAUAUCGGGUGCUUCGGAGAAGGACAUCGUACAUUCCGGUCUUAGUUUUACCAUGGAAAGAUCUGCUAAAGCCAUACAGGAGACGGCGGCAAAAUACAAUUUGGGCCUGGACUUUAGGACGGCCGCUUACGUGAAUUGCGUCCAAAAGAUAUUCCUGACGCUCAACGACGCCGGUUUCGCGUACUAAAAAAAUCGACGGAACGAAUCCCGACGUCGAAGGACCAUCCCGACGCUGUACGGUCGAUAAAACGUAUU